GUGGUGGCAGAUUCGCCUUACCAAGAUAUAACCUACAGAUGUCCAGCAAUGUGUAGAAUAGUCAUUCUAGGGUAUUUAUGUUGUAGUUACUAAGCAAGAUAUCAUCGUGUGCGUAUACUUGUAGAAUCUAAUGAACACGUAUGAUAUGCGAGACCAUGACUAACAAAUAUUCUGUGAUGACAAUUCCCCAUUUCGUAUGUUUUAACACAAUAAACUUUUCUUUUUUGAUAGCAGUUGGUGGGUUUGCUACAAGAUGAGUGCUGAAAAAGAUGUGGAUCAAAUUGAUACGCCGGAUUCUGUGAAAAAUACUGUUCCAAAUCAUGGAUAUUCUCUUCGUAAGGGCGACUUCGCUCAACGGCCCAUGUCCAUUAAAAAGUUUCUCGAGCCUUUCGACCACAGCAGUUUAACAAAUAAUGAGGCUGGUGAGAAAUAUGCAGCCUAUAAAGCAAGUUUCGCUCGACAACAGUUGGAAGAGUUUUUCGAAAGGAACAAAUCGUAUGCUUGGUUCCGCGAGAAAUAUCAUCCAGAUUACCUCACAGAAUCAUCGUCCAGCAUGAAGUUGUUCCGAAGACGUUUAGAUAUUUUUAUGGAGUUUUAUAGAAAUGGUUAUUUUGACAAUCUACAUCUAGCCAGUGGUUAUGAAAGUGAAAUUGUCCGGCUGUUAGAUAUGGUUGCGAUUAAGCUGGCUGGUGGGACGGAAGAGGACUUUGUUCUUUUGGACAAACUACUCGAAGAUAGAAUUUCUGAAGAUCCCAACGUGAUCAUUGAGCCAUCGAAUUUUCAACAUACAGAAAAUGUUAAACCGAACGACAAUAUAGUUCAAUCAUCAGAUAUACGAGAAGGACCAUUUGAUAAGGAGAAAUUUGAUGCGAGCACUAUGAAAAAAAAGCCUAAACCAGAUUAUUGCGAUUCUUCAAAAAUCCAGAAGCGUAAAGAGUUUAGAAUUAAAAGACGUCAAAAUAAUGCAGAUGAAGAGGAGGAAGGCGAAGACAGUAGUUUAAGUGAUGAUGAAAGUAAUGAUAGUGGAACUGAUAGCGUAAACAGUCAUAGUAGAGAUUCCAGUUCAAGUAAUAAUAAUAGUACUAGUGGUAGUAGCAGUAGUAGCGAUAGUAGUGACGACGAUAAUGGUAGCAGUAAUAGCAGCAACAGUAGUAGUAGUAGUACUGACGAUGAUGAUGAUGAUAAUAAUAAUAAUAAGGAACAUCAAAGGAAAGUUAGCAUAUCUAAAAGCAAUAGCAGUGAUAGCAGUGAUGGUGAGACGGUUGUAAAACACAAGAAGAAGCGUUCUAAACUUGUUAAAAAUAAGAAUGUCCAAGAAAAUUCUGGUCAUAGUAGUGACCGUCAUCGUCGCCGUCAUCACCGUCAUCAUGAUGAUAAUAAUAACAAUCACGAUAAUGUGCACAACAAAGUUAAUCCCAUUUCAACUAACCAUUUAUAUAACAAUAAUCAUAACGACCAACAGAAUACAAGUGAUUGUUCAAAAAUAGUGCCUGAUGAAAUCAACACGAUGUCUUCUACGAAAUCACCUAAUACGACAGGGUCAAAUCAAUCGAAUGAAGUUUAUGUACUAUCAGGGUUGACAGAUCCACCUUAUGUUGCUGGUGGUGUUGUUAUUAGUGAUGAUACUCAUAAUAAUAGUAUUACUAAUGAUGGCGAAAAAUCUAUGGAUUUCGAUAAUCUAACAAUAGAGAAAUCAGCAGAUCCAAUAAAUAAAGAUGAAUUGAAGGAAUUAAUUGUCACAAAUGAACAAACUCGUCGACCCAUUCAUUAUACAACUUUACUAUUUUUUCCACAUAUUCCAUUCAAUAUAUUCAAACGAGAUUUAAUAUCUGUACUUUCCACUUGUCCACAUUUCUUACGUUUAGCUAUCUUAGAUCCUGUUAUCAUGCCGGAUACAGUGUCAUCAAUAACAGAUGAUCAAAUAUUCGGUAGGGUGAAAAAUCCUAUGCCUAAAGUUUUACUAAAACGUAUGGGAUGGGCAUCAUUUACUUCACAAUAUGUAGACGAUGUUAACAAUAAGUGGAUUAGUAUAGAUUUAAACGCUAUAAAAAAUAAAUUAAUUGAAUAUGCGGUUGACCGUGAAGCUUCAAGUGAUUUAAUUGAGUGUUUACGUUUAUCGCGACCAAUUUUGGAUCAUUUGAAAGUACCACAUGAAGAACGUGCUCGAAAGACUGGACAUUUGUUCGAUAAGUUAUUAAGUGUAUGUCCAACUCGUAUUCGUUCAAAAGCUUUAGCACGUCGUCAUCUAGUGAUAGCAGCUCGUGUUAUUUAUGAUUUCGACAAGGCUAGAGGUUUGUGGUCAACAACAGAGUAUGAUACUAAUGAUAAUAGAAAGAAUGAUAACAAUAUGUCAGCAGAUAAAGAAGGGGGGAAAGGAGAACAUAUCAACUUGAGACGUCAUGGAGAAGUUUCCUCUAUCGUUGACGAUGGUGAAGAAGAAGGUGAAGAUGGUGGCGGUACUACUACUAGUGAACAAAAGGAGAAAAUUUAUAAAGAGACGUUGACGAUCAAUAAAUUAUCUCUUCAAAAUAACUUAAGCGAAAAUGAUAUCAAUCAUUCAAGUAAUCAAGAUCGGUCAAUGGAUAUAGAUCAAUCUCUUGAAAAUGAAGAAACAAUGGAAGAACAAAACAAUGAUUCAGAUGUGAAAGAAUCAUCUAAUCAGAAAACACAUAAGUCAUCAUCAUUACAAGACAGUAAAAAUUCUAGUGACGUAUCUAUGCUUUCAGAUGAUGAGAAACAAAGUGAUUUUAUUGAUCCUGGUGACGACUUAAUAAAGGCGGCAAAUAUAUUAAAUAGUAUAAAAACAAUAAAUCCUCUUCUGCAAGGUUUAACUGAUUAUCUUGUCGACGAGGGAAAUGCUGAAGAAGAACUUCUUUUACUAGGCGGUAUGCAGUCUAUUUCAUUUCAACCAUCUUCAAUAACAAAAGGAACAUUAAUGAAUAAUUCACAAAUUAUUAAUUUACACUCAUCAUUACAAUUACAACAACUUGAUAUAUCUUCACGAUUCUGUGAAUCAGAUGAUAGUGAAUUAUUAGUUGUAUUGGAUCGCUUAAUUUUAUAUUUAAGAAUAGUACAUUCAGUAGAUUUUUAUGCACCUGCAUUUUAUAUGAAUGAAGAUUUGAUGCCACAUCCAUGUCGUCUUAUACAUAUUCGACCGGGUUUAAAUGAAAUAACCAAAGCUUUAACACAAAUUAAAAGUCCAGAGAAAUUAAUCAAUUCAGAAUCAGUUGAUCAUUUAUUUGCCAGUCAAAUAAAACGUUUAGUACGACUCAUUACUCCGCUCACAGAAAAUGAUUGUAAAGGUUUGGGUUAUAGAAAUGCAGAUGAUGUUGUGGAAGAAUUCAUAAAAUUGAAUACACGUCGGAAAAAACGAAAGGCCGAUGUGAUAUGGGUUUGCCCAUUGUCAAAUAAAAAGUUCCGAGAUCCAAUCUACGUUAAGAAACAUAUUCUCAAUAAACAUAUGGAAAAGGUUGAAGCUGCCAAGAAAGAUAAUGCCUACUUUUUCAACAACUAUCUUAUGGAUCCUGCCCGACCCCAGUUGCCUCCUGAGCCAAGAUCUCCUAGAAGGCGAUCUCAGUCACCCUCACCAUCUCGUCGAACUGCUAGAGAAUCAAGUCAUCUAGCUAAUGAAACCAGUGAACGAGAACGUUCUAAUUCUUGGGCACAAGGAUCAAAUAACUUCCAGUCACAAAGAUGGCAGCAGUAUGGACGCAAUCGCAAUGAAGGUGGAAAUAUGGGAGGGAAUUAUGGACGGGAUAAUAUACACAGUAACUUACCAUUCUACCCUCGACCAUAUGGUCGCCAACAGUACUCGAAUUUCCGAAUUCCAUAUGGUGGUAGCAAUCAACGUAGUUAUUAUAAUGGUCCACGAACUGGUGGAUAUAACUUUAAUCGACGUGGCUAUCCAAGACGGUCGUAUGUUGAUCUGGAUGCGCCUUGAAUGAAUGUCUCAUUUUAUUUGUAUGCAUUAGAUAAUGACAAAUUUUGUUGUUUCCAGUCCGCAAUAAUCUCUAUGUAUUUUGUAUAUAAUUCAUAUCAAGGAAAACAGCAAAUAAACCCAACACUUAUCUUUUGUACUCAUAACUACACUACUACUAUUCCUCGU